AUGAAGGUUCCUUCCGUUUCAUUCUGCUUCCCGCUGUUGGCUUUAUUGCUCACUGGAGCUACAACAAGCGCGUUUGAGAUGAAAAAUAUCAUUGACAUAAAUGCGGAUAACGAGGUUACAGAUUAUCCAAACUACUUUGAGGAUUUUACAGUAAAAAAAUUCCUAGACAGGAACCAACCACUGCUAACAGAGAACACACUCUUUAUCUCUUUUCUAACGGCUAGCAAUACAUAA